CCCAUUCUCGAUACCAUUCGGAUCGUUAGGCAGUAGCAAAACCAAAUUCCAAGUAAAUUAUUUCUUGAAAAACAUUUCAAAUUCCGUACAAAUUGAAAACAGCACAAUGGUGUGGAAUGCGCUCUCCUUUUGGGACGGUCAGCCGGUCACCUCGCCCGUUUAUCCCCAGAUGGGGGAUCUGUGGAACCCCAAUACCACUGGAUACCAGCGGAGCCACCAUCAUCAUGCGGGUCAUGUGAACCAUGGGAGUCAUGGGAAUCAUGGGAAUUAUUUGAACCGGAGUUGUUAUCAUAAUCAACAUCAAAACCAGCGGAUGGACAUGGGCGACUUUCGCCAGAUGAGCUGUCCCAUGCCGAACUACUAUCCGCAGUUCCGGGAGCCCUGUUUGCAUGAUGGCGAGGCCUUCUGCGCCUACAACGGCAUGGAUAUGAACCAGGGUUACAAUAACGGAGCAGGACGACCUGGUAGUGGAGCUGGAACUGGAACCGGAACUGGAGGGGCACAUGGAACUGGUUCAGGAGACUUCUGGUAGAGAUCGGACCACCGUAUCGUGGCGUUUUUACUCGACUUUCUGUGCGUUUGGUCUUUUGGAACUAUUAAAAUGUUUUCUUGAAAAGUGAA